GGUUGAAAUUAAAUUACCCAAGUCCGUCAAGCAAAAGCCCACCAAAUGGCGGGAGCCUUCAGUUUUGUGAACGCACUUACCCUUGCACUUGCAGACACGGUAAAUCGAGAUGGAGCGCAAAGACAGUCAGUCUCCUCAAGGUGAGAUAGCUCGGAUUCUGGUAGAAUUCCUGGAGGUUGCAAUCACUUCAGUCGUUUUCCUCAAAGGAAUUUACCCUCCAGGUACUUUUGAAAGAAGGAAAUAUAUGAAUUUGGUGGUUCAUAGAGCUCGUCACCUUGAACUCAGAGAUUACAUCCAUUCCGCUGUCUCGGGACUUCUUCCUUUUAUCCAAAAGGGUCUCGUGGAGAGAGUAGCUGUUAUUUUCUUUAACGGUGACAACAUCCCUGUGGAAAGAUUUAUGUUUAAGCUCAAUGUGAAUCAAUCGUAUGGCUCGAGGGUGGAAGAAUCUGACCUGGAGUUCUCACUAAGGUCAUUUUUUAUCAAGCUUCCUAUCUCAGAACCCCUUACCAAGGCUCUUCCCCAGAAUUGCAGGUGGGAGAUAACUGCUUACUUUCGAUCACUCCCUCAGGCUUGUACAAGUAAGGAUGCAGAGUCGUGGAUUCCAACAGAUACAAAGCAGUGGCAACAACCUCCGUUAAUAACCCCUAUUAAGUCAAUGAGUAGCCAACCUCUAUCUGUGCAGUUAUAUUUGGAACAUCCAAGUUUAUCUGAACCAAGGGCUUGAAAGGGGAAUACAAUUGUUCCUAUGCAUGCAUGCACGUAUGUUUAGCUGGAUGAGAUUACAGAGUACCGAUGUAGAAAGCUUGUGGAAGAUGAAGGGUGGAUGAGAAGCACAACACUGUAGAGCAAGCUGGAGGUGGUUAGCUAAGGGGAUUGGUGUUUGUGUGCAGCCGGGUAGGACGAGAAGUAACACUAAACUGAAGAGCUAGUUGGUAGCUGCUCAACAUUAGUUUAAGAAUGAACAGUUUUAACAAUUAUCGGUGUUUGUGAGAGAAACAAGUGUUUGGUUAGGCUGGAAUAUGAGUUUGAAAAUGAGUUAGCAGUUGCACAGAUUGGAACGUGGUCUGCAAGCGGCUAUAUAAGGUUAAUUUCCCAUGCAAUCGAUGAAGUACUAACCAUGCUCAUGUUCAGUUUCUAUGUCCGAAUAUUGUACAUUGUUUUAUUGUUAUGCAAAUUUUCUUCAUUAGUCCGGACUACUUAAUAUUAACAGGAAAUGGACAGUUAUGAUUGAAUUGAGGAA